UUAAACUGAGUUUGAGUUUAGGAAACUCCAACCCAAACCGACAUAGUGUCCUUCCUAUCUACAAUCAACCAUUUGUAACUCCCUGUAACAUGAAACGAUAAACUCCUCUUCCACAAAUACAAAUCCAUUAAGUGGCCCAACCCCGUCCCCACAAAUUUCUAUUGGAUCCUUCAAGCCCGGAAUCCAAAGUAUCGGGCCCAAAUUUUACAACCCAUCCACAAAACAAGCACACUUUCCACUUCUCGCUUCCUGCUUUCCCAGCGUCUAUCCUGUCGAGGCAACGAACAAACGCAUCGUAAAAGACCACAUCCGUGGCAAAUCCUCGACUUCUCACUUUCGUCCCUUCGGGGACAUCCGAUAAAAUCGACUUCUCAUUACCCUCCAGAUUCCACAGCUCCAUUGGAUGAUCUUUUCUCUUCUCUGCCCCCCAAUCCGUUCCUUCCCACACCCCAAAACCAGAGAACAACCAAAUUAUGAACACUGGUACUUCAUCUCCAGCACUACUAUUGCUUGCGAUUAUGAUCCUUCCGUACCAGGCAACCGCCGCCGGAGCCGGCGGCCUACACCCUCUCGUCCUGGUUCCGGGCGCCGGCGGGAACCAGCUGGAAGCCAGGCUAACCGCCGGUUACCAGCCUUCCAGCCUAAUCUGCUCAUUCUACCCGGUUUUGAAACAGAAGGGCGGGUGGUUCAGACUCUGGUUCGACCCCACCGUGCUUCUGUCCACGUUCACCCGCUGCUUCUCCGAGCGAAUGAUGCUUCACUACGACAAGGAAUCCGAUGAUUUCCGUAACACACCUGGCGUGGAGACCCGAGUCUGCAACUUUGGAUCCACUGAGUCGCUGCUCUGCCUCGACCCUUCUCUCAAAGGAAUCACGGCUUACAUGGCGCCAUUGGUGAAUACCCUGGAAGAGAUGGGCUACGUGGACGGCGAAACCCUCUUCGGAGCCCCUUACGACUUCCGCUACGGCCUAGCGGCAGAAGGCCACCCAUGUCGAGUCGGAUCCAAAUAUCUCUCGGACCUGAAAGCCCUAAUCGAGAAGGCUAGCACAGAUAACGACAGAAAGCCCGUAAUCAUCCUGUCCCAUAGCCUCGGUGGGCUUUUCGUCCUCCAGCUCCUGACCCGCAGCUCCCCAUCCUGGGCCAGGCAAUUCGUCAAACACUUCAUCGCCCUAUCUGCCCCGUGGGCCGGCGCUGUGGACGAAAUGCUCACCUUCGCUUCGGGGAACACGCUGGGAGUGCCUCUGGUCGAUCCUCUGCUGGUCAGGGGAGAACAGAGGAGCGCCGAGAGCAACCUGUGGCUCCUCCCGAACCCGAAACUGUUCGGGAGGAGGCCGCUCGUGGUCACCCCGAACGCGAAUUACUCGGCGUUCGAAAUCGAGGAGUUCCUCGAUGGGAUUGGGUAUCCGGAAGGUGUUUAUCCGUACAGGACUCGGAUUAAGCCCUUGGUUGAGGAGAUUGACACGGUCGAGCCGCCUCCUGUGCCGAUCACGUGCGUGAUUGGGACCGGAGUGGAUACAGCGGAGGUGCUGGUGUUCGAAAACGGGUUCGGUGACGAUCGGCGGCCGGAUGUUGUUUACGGGGACGGUGAUGGGACGGUGAACUUGGAGAGCUUGUUGGCAUUGGAGACGCUGUGGUCGAACCAGUCGGUUAAGGUUAUUAGGGUGAGCGGCAUUUCUCAUACAUCGGUACUCACUGAUGAAACGUCGAUUCGUGAGAUUGUUGGAGAGAUUUCUUCUGUUAAUUCGUAUGCUCUGAGCGAGAAAUGAAGACUGCUGCAACUUCAGUGCUCCCAAUGAAGGUUGUUGGUACCAGGGAAACUGAAGGGGGCACUAAUCGAUUCGACCAUACAAUAAUUGUUAAUUGAAAUUAUUUGGGUUACGAUGUAAAAAUAUUUCAAUGUAAUGAACCUUUUGUUUAGAUGACUCCU